ACAAACACGUGUGUGUAUAUAUAUAUAUAUGUACGCAUGUGUGGGAAGAGUCAUUCAACAAACAAAUUUUCCUCCCUGAUCGACAAUUUUUUUUUCUUCAAUCUCCCGUCGAAUUUCUGUAUACAUUAGAAAAAAAAAAGGAAUGGCUGAAGAAGGAGAGGCAAUGGGGAACCGAAUUGACAUAGAGAGCCAAGAGAAGAAAUCCGAUCAGAAGAAGAGAAAUUUGGCUAUGGCUGAAGAAGGAGAGACAAAGGAGAAGAAAUCUGAAGAGAAAUUGGGAUACUUUAAACUGUUUUGUUUUGCAGACAGAGUUGACGUAGCCCUAAUGUUGGCCGGAACCAUUGGCGCCAUCGCGAAUGGGGUUUCUCAGCCGCUCAUGACUUUGAUUUUCGGCGAGCUCAUCAAUUCUUUCGGCGGAGCCGCUCAAACACAUGUCGUCCAUCAAAUUUCAAAGAUAGCUAUCAAACUCGUCUACUUGGCGAUUGGUACGGGGAUCGCCUCACUUUUACAGAUGGCGUGUUGGAUGGUGACCGGAGAAAGGCAGGCGGCUCGAAUAAGGGGGCUGUACUUGAAAACCUUGUUACGACAAGAUAUCGAGUUCUUCGAUACUCAAGCAGAAACAGGGGAAAUAAUCGGUAGAAUGUCCGGUGACACAAUCCUCAUUCAAGACGCCAUGGGCGAAAAGGUUGGAAAGUUCAUCCAAUUUAUGUCCACGUUUUUCGGAGGGUAUAUCAUUGCCAUUUCCAAAGGGUGGAGAUUAGCCCUCGUUUUAGCAACUAGUCUACCUGCUAUUGUCCUGGCAGGUGGAUCUGUAUCCCUCCUAAUAUCGAAGAUGUCUACUCGUGGACAAGUUGCUUAUGCGGAGGCUGGAGCGGUUGUCGAACAAACUGUUGGAGCAAUUAGAACGGUUGCAUCCUUCACCGGGGAAAAACAAGCUACGGAAAAGUACGACAACAAACUGAAAACCGCUUAUUUAGCAACCGCCAAACAAGGCCUAGCUACAGGAUUGGGAGUUGGUGCAGUGAUGUUUGUUAUUUUCAGUAGCUACGGACUUGCAAUUUGGUAUGGAGCGAAAUUAGUAAUCGGACAUGGAUAUAGCGGUGGUGGCGUUAUCACUGUUAUUAUGUCCGUCAUUACUGGUGGAAUAGCACUUGGGCAGGCAUCGCCGUGUUUGAGUGCAUUUGGAUCAGGAAAAGCCGCAGCUUCGAAGAUGUUCGAGACUAUAAAUCGAACACCAAAGAUCGAUGCAGCUGAAAAUAAGGGCACUGAGUUGGAAAACAUGAAAGGUGACAUCGAACUGAGAGAUGUUUAUUUCAGGUAUCCAGCAAGGCCCGAAGUGCAGAUUUUUGCGGGCUUUUCGUUAAAUGUCCCGUGUGGGAAGACCGCGGCUUUGGUAGGGCAGAGUGGGAGUGGAAAAUCAACAGUGGUUAGUUUAGUGGAGAGAUUUUACGAUCCUGAUUCGGGAGAAGUGCUCAUCGAUGGGGUUAACUUGAUGAGCUUGAAUCUGAAAUGGAUAAGAGGAAAGAUUGGGCUCGUAAGUCAAGAACCUAUCUUGUUCGGAACUAGCAUCAAGGAAAAUAUUCUUUAUGGCAAAGAAGAUGCUACUGUUGCAGAGAUAAGGAGGGCUGUUGAACUUGCUAAUGCUGCCAAAUUCAUUGACAAGCUACCAAAGGGACUUGAUACAAUGGUGGGAGAACAUGGAACUCAGCUAUCAGGGGGGCAAAAGCAAAGAAUCGCAAUUGCUCGGGCCAUUUUGAAAAAUCCAAAAAUACUUCUGCUCGAUGAAGCAACGAGUGCUCUGGAUGCUGAGUCGGAGCGUGUAGUGCAAGAAGCACUCGACAAUGUGAUGACAAACCGAACAACAAUAGUGGUUGCUCAUCGUUUGACCACUAUCAGAAACGCAGACCUUAUAGCUGUGGUUCACUCGGGGAAACUUAUUGAGCAAGGGACACAUGCUGAAUUGAUAAAAGAUCCCGAGGGAGCCUAUACACAGCUCGUUCGCAUGCAAGAAGGUGGGGCUAAAACACAAUCGGAAAAUCGCAUGCAAAAACAAGAAUACAUGUCAGAGUUGGAUCGAAGCUUGGGCAAAUCUUCAAGCAAGAGGAUGCUAUUUCGAAGAUCGACAAGCAGUAAUGAGUCGUCGAGACAUUCAUUUACACUGACCAACAAUGUACCUGGUUAUAUCGAAUUCCAAGAACCUCAUAGUGCUGCAGAAAUUGUUGGUGAUGUAACAGAGGACGAAAACGUGUUGAAUAAGAGAAAGAAAGUUUCCAUCGCACGGCUCGCGAAACUAAACAAACCUGAAAUCCCGAUUUUGCUGCUCGGUUGUUUGGGUGCUGUUGUGCAGGGCCUGAUGUACCCUAUUUUCGGCCUGUUACUGUCGUCAGCUAUAAGAAUAUUCUUCGAGCCUCCACACGAGCUGAGGAAAGAUUCCAAAUUUUGGGCAGGGAUGAUGGUUGUGCUAGGAUCAAGUACUCUGGUCGCAGUUCCAAUACAAAAUUACUUUUUUGGAGUUGCGGGUGGAAAAUUGAUCGAAAGGAUCCGUUCUUUGACGUUUAAGAAGAUAGUCAACCAGGAAAUCAGCUGGUUCGACGAUCCUGCAAACUCGAGUGGUGCAGUUGGGGCGAGAUUGUCUACGGAUGCAGCCACCGUAAAGAGCAUAGUCGGGGAUGCUUUGGCGUUAGUUGUACAAAAUAUAUCGACAGUGAUAGCAGGCCUUGUUAUAGCCUUUACAGCAAACUGGCUGCUUGCACUCAUCGUAUUUCUAGUACUCCCGUUUAUCGGUUUGCAGGGUUUCAUGCAAAUGAGAUUCUAUAGAGGAUUCUCUGCUGAUGCCAAGGUGAAGUAUGAAGAGGCAAGUCAAGUAGCAAACGACGCAGUUAGCAGCAUCAGAACAGUGGCAUCGUUUAGUGCAGAGGACAGGGUGAUGAAGGUGUACGAGGAGAAAUGCGAGGGUCCUCUUAGGCAAGGAGUUAGGCUCGGGAUAGUUAGCGGAACCAGCUUCGGAGUUGGCUGGCUAUCGCUCUAUUGCACUCAGGCUUUUUGUUUCUACAUCGGAGCUCUUCUUAUCCAACACGGUAGAGCUUCGUUCGGCGACGUAUUCAAGGUUUUCUUCGCUCUAACAAUGUCGGCCACCGGAGUUUCACAAGCAAGUGCAACGGCACCGGAUGUCAACAAAGUCAAAGAUUCCGCAGCAUCUAUAUUCGACAUACUCGACCGCAAACCGAAAAUCGACUCGAGUAGCGACCAAGGCCUAACUCUGGCUAGUGUUAAGGGUGAGAUUGAGUUACAACACGUGAGCUUCAAGUAUCCGACCCGGCCCGAUAUUCAAAUCUUCAGAGAUUUAUGCCUAACCAUACCUUCUGGCAAGACUGUUGCGCUAGUUGGAGAGAGUGGAAGUGGAAAGUCAACGGUGAUUGCUCUAAUAGAAAGGUUUUACAAUCCUGACUCGGGUCAAGUAUACUUGGACGGGGUUGAGAUUGACCGGUUCAAGCUGAGCUGGCUGAGGGAACAAAUGGGUUUAGUGAGUCAGGAACCGGUUCUCUUCAACGACACUAUUCGAGCCAACAUCGCCUACGGUAAAAAGGGUGACGUCACGGAGGAAGAGAUCAUCGCCGCCACAAAAUCCGCCAACGCACACAAUUUCAUCUCCGGCUUGCCUCAGGGGUACGAUACUAACGUCGGCGAGAGAGGUGUUCAGUUAUCCGGCGGGCAGAAACAGAGAAUUGCUAUUGCCAGAGCUAUACUGAAAAACCCUAGGAUACUCCUUCUCGACGAGGCGACCAGCGCUCUGGACGCUGAGUCGGAGCGGAUUGUGCAGGACGCGCUGGAUAGAGUGAUGGUCGAUAGAACGACGGUGGUGGUGGCCCACCGCCUCUCGACUAUUAGGAGCGCCGACGUAAUCGCGGUGGUGAAGAACGGCGUUGUUUGCGAACAAGGGAGGCACGAAACGCUGAUGAAGAUCGAAGAUGGGGCUUAUUCGUCACUGGUUGCUCUUCACGCAACUUCUGAGUAAAUUUUGUGGAUAGAUUCCAGAUUUUUAGGUAUAGAUCUAAUUAGGUUAUAAUUUUUCAGUUUUUUGUUGUUUUUUUUUAAAUUCCAAGUACUCAAAUAUUAAAUAAUAUAAUACAUAUUGACU